CUAUUUUAAACUGUUUAUCUUCAUCCGGGAAGUUGAGCUGGAUAAAGUGUAACUGAGAGUCGCCCUUAACAACCCAACAACAACAACAAGUUUGAACUGCACAGGCAACAUCAGGUCCAGUUCCACUGACAACCGCAAGCAAAACCAUAACACCUCACUGUUUCAUCACUGACAACAUCACUCCAGACCCACUGUUGACCACUGACAACAAGCAACAUCACUCCAGACCCACUGUUGACCACUGAAGAAAUUCAAAUAUCGCUCACAGCUCAUUAAUAAUGGAUAACGACAAGCCAGAGGAGUGUACGGUGUGCUUUAAUAAUUAUGAUGAAGAACUACGACGACCACGAUCACUGCCGUGUGGCCAUACAUUCUGCUCAAAAUGUAUUGAAGAUACAAUAAAAAACUUUCAGCUCACCUGCCCCAGCUGCCGUGCUGAGCACAGUGCCACAGAUGCUACCCAGUUCCCAAUCAACUACACUGUGGAGGCUGUGAUAAAGAAACUCAGAAGUAUCCAGGUUACAUCAGUGGGAACAGUGUCAACAAAAUGUGGUCAAGAUCGCACAAGAAGCAUCAGCAAGAAGUUUCGGUCUUUGGUACAGGAACACAAGAGCAGUAUCAGUAACCUUAUAAGUGAGUGUGAAGAAGCACUGUCCCAGCUGGGCAAGUACCAGGGGCAGGUGAGGGACUGGAAGACCCAGCAUCACCAACUGCAGGACAGACUCUAUGAUCUGCUGGAGCAGAACAAGGCAGCAAUAGAGCUCCUGGAACAGGAGGAUACCAGUGUCCUGACUAUGACAACAGAAGGAGAGGCAAAAAAGAAGCAGCUGCAGACCAUGCUGGAGACCCUCAACACAGUCAACACUGCACAGGAGGUCUUCACAACCAUUGAUGAAGCUGAUCAGUACAAUGUGGAGGUUGAAGAUUGGAUCCAGAAGUGUCAGGAACUCUUCCCAGAUGUUAACACUGUCUACACCUCUGUAAAGGUACAGGAGACCAUUAAGAAGGCCCUGGACACCAUCACCACAGAGACAGGUGCCACAGCUGCCACUGUUCUCCAGGGAGACUCAGCCACCACCAUCAUGGAGAAAGUUAAGAUAAUUACUGGUGAAAUCCCUCCAGAGACAUUAACUAUUGAUCAUCUUCGUGGGAUGAGUAGGAGCGUCAAGAGGCUGGUGGAGGCUGGCCUGGUGUUUGGUGUCCAGCAAGACCAAGAUGACCUUUGCUACUCCAGGAUAACUUUACAAGAUGGUCAACUGUAUCUCCAUGUUCUCCAGCACCAACCACCACCCACCCACGCCUGCACUAUCCAGGUACUUUAUUACACUACCACUCUUACUGUACCAUCACACUCUCCAGGUACUUUAUUACACUACCACUCUUACUGUACCACCACACUCUUUAGGUACUUUAUUACACUACCACUCUUACUGUACCACCACACUCUCCAGAUACUUUAUUACACUACCACUCUUACUGUACCACUACACUCUCCAGGUACUUUAUUACACUACCACUCUUACUGUACCACCACACUCUCCAGGCACUUUAUUACACUACCACUCUUACUGUACCACCACACUCUCCAUGUACUUUAUUAACUAACACUUAAUGUACCAUCACACUCUCCAGAUACUUUAUUACACUACCACUCUUACUGUACCACUACACUCUCCAGAUAAUUUAUUACACUACCACUCUUACUGUACCAUCACACUCUCCAGGUACUUUAUUUCACUACCACUCUUACUGAACCACCACACUCUCCAGGUACUUUAUUAGAAUACCACUCUUACUGUACCACCACACUCUCCAGGUACAUUAUUACAAUACCACUCUUGCUGUACCACCACACUCUCCACACUAUUGUACCAGCACCUACCCCACUUAAACCUACACUCUCCACUACUGUACCAGCAUGUACCCACCUACACCCACACUCUCCACACUAUUGUACCAGCACCUAUCUAUAACUACACUCUCCACUAUGGUACCAGCACCUUCCCACCUACACCCACACUCUCCACACACUACCGUACCAGCAUCUACCCACCUACACCUACACUCUCCACUACUGUGGAGUCAGGAAUUGCAGGAAGAACUAAAAACCAUAAAUGAAAUUGAAAGAAACCCAAAGUAUUUCUUCUCUUAUGCCAAAUCCAAGUGGAGAACAACAUCCAGUAUUGGGCCCCUACUUAACCAAGAUGGGUUCUACACAGAUG